AAAAACCUCUUGCACACACCCCUUGUUCUAGCUGCUGGCUUUCUUUCCCCAGCAGGCAGACCCAAGCUAACUCCUUGGUCUGUAUCUGUAAUCUGCUUCUAACUCCGCAGCGCCUUUGCUGCUAGAAAUAAGCCUGCUUGUAGCCACCACUAGUUAAACCCCCCCCCACCCCUUGAAGCUGUAUCCUGGGCGCACACCACUCUGCCCUCUGGAACUACCCCUAGUAUAAGGUGCACCCAUUAGGUUAGGUUUAGCCUUUAGUCUAGAUAAAUUGUAAUUUCAUUUUGCAUAGCUGUGGUUAAGUUAGGUUUAGAAAAUUGCUUACAUUGUACUCUGUAAGUUAGGCUUAAAGAAUUGUUGCAUUGUGUUUUGUUACUUGCUAAUUUGUGUAGUCUUGGUUAAGUUAAAUCAUAGAUAAGAUUUUGCUGUGUUCUGUGUAAUUGUCUCUCUGCUGUUUAAACUUGCAGCCUGUCUCUCUCUCUCUCUCUCUCUCAAUCCCUUCCCCCACGUGCUCACCCCGCUCCUACUGCUGCCAAACCUCAAUUGUACUACUGAAGUCUAGCAUAAAACCCCAUUGGUUACCCUUUUUCUCUCUAACACCCCUCACAUUUUACAUUUACACUACUGUGACACAUUUUUACCUAGAGUUGUUGGUUAUUUAACACAUUUUACCCAUAACUGUUAGUUGGUUAUAUGCUGCUGUGACACACCCUUUACAUAGAAAUUGUUAGCUACCUGUUACAUUUAUACUUCAGUGUUAAUUGGUUACCAACUAUAGUGUACCCCACAUUAUUGUACCCCACUAUUGAAACCCCCUAUCCUAUUUACUAAAAGAAACCCCUCCCCAGUUGUCUACCUUAACAAACCCCGUACCCCUCACUAUUGAAUUUUCCCUGUUUUUGUAUUUUCUUAAUAAAGUUUAUUUUGCACCCCACCAGUGCAGUAGUUGUCCCCCAAGAUCCCCUACCUGCUGGCAGGGUCAAUCAGCAGGUAUUGAAUUCAAGACCUCCAGCACUAAAAGCCUCAGCCCCAACUCCUACCCCUUCAGCUAAAGGAGCGACCUCCUUGCUUGGAAAAAAUAGGCAAUUACAUAGUCACCAAAGCCAGUGCUUUCCAUUAUGUCUCUGGGUUUUCAUACAGGCUAAAGUAAAUGCCAAAAAGCUUAAUUAGCACAGUAAGCAACUUUACCCCAACCCGACACUCCUUUACUCUCACCCCUUCUUUAGCUAACAAAUAAUCUCUUCAGACUGAGAUGGUUUUCAUCCUGCUUCUCUUACAGCAGAGUCACAAGUUACUUGCUGCUCAGAUAAGUGAACAGGAGUGUUCCUCUGUGGGGCAUGAUUAACUUGUGUGUCACUGUAUUUAUGCAGUGUGUAUUUUAUCGAACAACUGAAAUGACCAACUGUGAACAUCUGGCUCUGUGGACUAAGCCCUUCCCUGAGCGGGUACUGGUGUCCAUUGAGAAACUGAUCUCCAUUUAUCUUCACUUAUUUCAUUACAGAGAAGGGACAGGUUUUCCGCACCAUCCACCUGCCCACAUCUCUGUAGCUGCAUGAUCUCUGUUCAGAGGAGAUGGAAAAGGGAAAUCACUCGGAGAUGUUGAGUGCCUGUUGCUGGCUGUGAUGGCGUAUGACCGUUAUGUGGCCAUCUGCAACCCACUGCUCUAUACGGUCACCAUGUCCAGGCAGCUUUGUAACCAGCUGGUGGCUGGGGUGUACGCUGUGGGGGUGGUGGAUUCAAUGAUACACACGUGGCUUACAUUUCGGCUGUCAUUCUGUAGCUCCAACAUCAUCAAUCAUUUCUUCUGUGACAUCCCCCCACUGUUGGCGCUCUCCUGUUCUGACACCCGCAUCAAUGAGAUUGUGAUGUUUGCUUUAGUGUGCUGCAUUACAGUGAGCAGCCUUGUGACUGUCCUCCUCUCCUAUGUCUAUAUCACCUCCACCAUCCUGCAGAUCCGCUCCGCCGAGGGCCGGCGCAAAGCCUUCUCCACCUGCACUUUCCACUUGACUGCAGUGGUCCUUCUUUUUGGCACCCUCUUCUUCAUGUAUUUACGUCCCACCUCCAGCUAUUCCAUGGACACGGACAAAGUGGCCUCAGUGUUUUACACGCUGGUGAUCCCCAUGUUGAACCCCCUCAUCUACAGCCUGAGGAACACGGAGGUGAAGGACGCCCUGAGGAAAGCAAUGAAUAAACUCCUAACCAAUUCUUGAAUGUGUUCAACUCAGUACUGGUUUAGUGAUGAGGAGUGGAAACAGGUGAAUUCAAUUCCCAGCCCAUUGCAAUGUAAUUUCUCAGAGCCCAUGGUCGUAUUGUUCAUUAUUGUAUUGUUAUUAUUAUUAAUUUGUUUGUAUUGUUACGAGGUCUGCAGGCCCCAACUGAGAGCAGUGGAGAAAUCACAGGAAGAAUCACAGGUCCAGAAAGAGAGAAUGAUUUUAUAAGCUGGUGGCUAGGGGCAUCCACCAAGAGGGUGAGAUUCUCAACUUCACAUCUCUGUUCCAAUGGCUAUUUAAUUAGUUAUCCACAGUAGAACAACUUUGAAAGGAGAGAUUGAGAGAAACCCAGACUGGAAUAGCACAUCAUUCAGGGGCAUAUCCAUGUGCCUAGUGUGACAGGUUUGGUCACAGAAACCCCUAAUGGGACUGUCACCUGAUGUGCUGAAAUUACCUCUGAUCCUGUUUUCCCUGGCAGCCUGGGCCUCCAGAACCCUGCCUUGUUGAGCCAGACAUGCUAGCCUGCUGCAAGACAGUCCCAGGGUCUGAGCCACACCCCCAAAACUGCAGAAUUAGACUGAGACCAGCUCAGCAGGAUAUAUGUCUCCAGCAUGCAGACACGUAGCUCCCAAUGGGAUCUAAACCCCAAAUAAAUCUGUUUUACUCUGUAUAAAGCUUAUACAGGGUAAAAUGAUAAAUGUAAAAUGCCCUCUAUAUCACUGCAAGAGAGAUAUGCACAAAUGUUUGCCCCCUCCUGCCCCCCAGGUAACAAUUACUUACACUGAGUGUAUAAAUAAACAAAAAUGAUUUUAUUAAGUGUAAAAAGUAGGAUUUAAGUGGUUUUAAGUAGUAACAGACAGAACAAAGUAAGUCACAAAGCAAAAUAAAACAAAACACCCUAGGCUAAGCUUAAUACACUCAGAAAUCAGUUACAAAUGUUAUCUUCUCAAUCCAGUUGUUACUUCAGGUAAAAUCCUUCUCAGGUCCGAUGCCUUUUCUGCCCUGGGUCCAGCCUGUUCUCACCCACCUCUUUGCUUACAGUCCUUCUGGAAAAGUACCAGCUUCAAGAUGGAUUUCAGUAUCAGCUGACAUUGUUACAUGUCACCGAAAGACGCCAUUGUGACGUUGCACCCCAUAAGUCUUUAUGGAAAUAUGCUUAUGAAUGUAAAUAUGACCUGACUAGAAUAUGUUUUAUGCUACUAUGCCAUGUAACAUAUCUAUGCAAAGGCUAUGAUCUACUGAAUACAUUCCUCCUAUUUGUA